CUCCAUCGCUUUAGUCUGUUUAUCAGCUUGGGAUCGAUCGACAAGUCUAGCCCUGAUUUUGAAUACAGAAUCGUAAGAGAAGAUGUUUGGUUCUACUAACUCUUUUGGGCAGUCAUCUAGCAGCCCGUUUGCAUCCCAACCGGUCUUUGGGCAGACCAGCAACACAAGUAACAAUCCUUUUGUUCCAAAGCCUUUUGGUAGCACAACUCCGUUUGGUGCCCAAACAGGGAGUUCCAUUUUUGGCGGCACUUCAACUGGUGUAUUUGGUGCAGCUCAAUCUUAUUCACCUUUUGGAAAUACAACUCCUGCUUUUGGAGCAGCUUCUAGUCCGGGUUUCAAUAGUUCACCAUCACCGUUUGGUGGUUCAUCUGGUUUUGGUCAGAAGCCUGUUUUUGGAGCAUUUGGGUCCAAUACUACUCAACCAAGUCCUUUCGGAAGCACAACUCAGCCAUCACAGCCAGCAUUUGGGAGUGGCAUAUUUGGUUCCACCACACCAUUUGGUGGAUCAAGUCAGCCAGCCUUCGGGGCUACUAGCACCCCCCCAGCCUUUGGGGCUACAAGUGGUCCAGCCUUUGGUGCUACGACCACCCCAGCGUUUGGUGCUACAAGCACCCCAGCAUUUGGUGCUACAAGUACCCCGGCUUUUGGGGCUACUAGCACCCACCCAGCCUUUGGGGCUACUAGCACCCAACCAGCCUUUGGGGCUACAAGCAGUCCAGCCUUUGGUUCCACAACAAGUCCUACAUUUGGAAGCACAGGAUCUGCAUUCGGGGUAUCAAAUUCUUCCGUGUUUGGAUCUACGGGAGCAUAUGGGGCUUCAAGCACCCCAGCUUUUGGUUCUUCUGGAUCCACCUUUAGUACUUCAAGCAAUCCAGGUUUUGGUGCGUCAAGUGCUCCUGGUUUUGGUUCAUCCAGUACUCCAUCUUUCACCUUUACAUCAGCUCCUGCUUUUGGCCAAUCAAAUUCUACAUUUGGUAGUGCCUCAUCUCCGUUUGGAGCACAGAGUUCUCCAUUCGGAACUCAGCCAACAACAUUGGGGAACAAUGCCUUUAGGCAGUCAGCUUUUGGGGGCCAACAACGUGGGGGUAGUAGAGUGGCUGCUUAUGCAGAAACUCCUGAACCAGAUGGUGGUUCUGCAAAAUUGGAGUCAAUAUCAGCAAUGCCAGUAUAUAAAGACAAAAGUCACGAAGAACGUCGCUGGGAGGAUUAUCAAUUGGGGGAUAAAGGUGGUCCAGCUCCUGCAGGUGGGAGUGGCUUUGGCAUGUCUACAUCACAACCAAACCCUUUGAAUACCGCACCGUCAUUUCCUCAAGCAUCUACAAGCCCUUUUAAUAGCGCAACUUCAUCUAGUUUGUUUGCAACAAAAACUCCAUCCUUCUCUUCUACAUUCUUUGGAACAUCGUCUACACCAUUCAGUUCAUCAUCUUUUGGGUUUUCUACUUCAUCCAGUAUUUUUACCCCAUCAUCAUCAUCUCAUUCAUCUCAUCUCCAUCUCUCUUUAGUUCAUCUUUUGGGUUUUCUACUUCAUUCAGUAUUUUUACCCCAUCAUCAUCAUCUCAUUCAUCUCCAUCUCUCUUUAGUUCAUCAACGCCAUCCACAUUUUCUGCUUUAGCUCAAACAUCAAAUUCCACAUUUAGUACGGGACUAUUCAAUUCCACUGCUCCAGUUGCAGAGACAGGUUUUACUUCUGGACUAAGUACCACUUCGGUUGGAUCUGGGCAUCGAUUUUAUAUUUCAAGUACUCUAGCUUCAACAGAAAGAAGAAGAAGAAGAUGAAUGUAAUGGUAGGACCAAUGGAGCAAAUAAUAUAGAGUUGAUGGACCAUUUGAACGAAUAAUUUAAUUGAGGGACCAAAAUG